GUUAGUGAGUGUUUUUUGUUGUUGUUUGAACAAGUUUAUUUAAGACCAUUAACUCAGUUAAUUAUUCCCUUCUUAAAGAUGGAGUUUAUUAAAGAGGAAACUGAAGAAAAUAAGAUUAAAGAGGAGAGUGAAGACAUGAAGAUUGAAGAAACAUUCAGAGUGAAACAUGAAGAAACUGAGGAACAAACAGACCUAACGGUACUGAAAGAGGUGAGUCAUGAAAUUAAUGAAAUGGAAGAAGAGAAAAAACAAUAUGAAAAACCUGAUUUCAAGACUGGGAAAAGAUCAAUACAGGCUAAAAGGACCUCCUUACAAAAAAGAGCUCAAAAGACUGGAAAUAACAGUUAUUUCAUUUGCCAACAGUGUGGACAGAGUUUUGAUCAACACAGAAACCUUCACGUUCACUUGAAAGUUCAUGCUAGAGAGAGCCCCAUCACUUGCCAACAGUGUGGAAAGAGUUUCACACUUAAAGAAAACCUUCUAGUCCACUUGAGAAUCCAUAGUGAAGAAAAGCCUUUCACGUGCCAACAGUGUGGAAAGAGUUUCGCUGUGAAAGUAAACCUUCAAGUACACAUGAGAAUUCACACUGGAGAGAAACCUUUUACCUGCCAGCAAUGUGGACAGAGAUUCACUGUAAAAGGAAACCUUAUAGCCCACAUGAGAAUUCACACUGGAGAAAAGCCUUACACCUGCCAACAAUGUGGACAGAGUUUCAGUCAAAAGGGAAGCCUUACAGCCCACAUGAGAAUUCACACUGGAGAGAGUCCAUUCACCUGUAACCAGUGCGGACAGAGUUUCAGUCAAAAGGGAAACCUUAAUGAACACAUGAGAAUUCACACUGGAGAAAAGCCAUACACCUGCCAACAAUGUGGAAAGAGUUUCACACAUGAAAGAAGCCUUAAAGGUUAUUCUCAGGAUUUAACCGCUAAAACUAAUUUUCAGGUGACUGAAUACCUUAAUUCCAGUAGUGGCCCGCCUGUGAUAAAACACACUCUGGCUGAAAACAGAUAA